UCCUCCCCCGCCGACUCUCCGCGCCGCGCCUGUGGCAGCCCGGCAGCAUGGCGGCGGUGGAGACCCGCGUCUGCGAGACGGCCGGUUGCAGCAGCGAGGCCAAGCUGCAAUGCCCGACCUGCCUCAAACUGGGCAUCCAGGGUUCCUACUUCUGUUCUCAGGAAUGCUUUAAGGGAAGCUGGGCCACUCACAAGUUAUUACACAAGAAAGCAAAAGAUGAAAAAGCUAAGCGUGAAGUUUCCUCUUGGACCCUGGAAGGUGACGUUAACACAAAUCCUUGGUCUGGUUAUCGAUACACUGGUAAACUCAGGCCACACUAUCCACUGACGCCAACGAGACCUGUGCCAAGUUAUAUUCAGAGACCGGAUUAUGCUGAUCACCCACUAGGAAUGUCUGAAUCAGAACAGGCUUUAAAAGGAACCUCUCAAAUAAAAAUACUCUCAUCUGAGGAUAUAGAAGGGAUGCGAGUAGUGUGUAGGCUUGCUAGGGAAGUAUUGGAUGUUGCUGCCAUGAUGGUGAAAGCAGGUGUAACUACAGAAGAAAUUGAUCAUGCUGUCCAUUUAGCUUGUAUUGCAAGGAAUUGCUAUCCUUCCCCUCUGAAUUAUUAUAAUUUCCCUAAGUCGUGUUGUACAUCAGUGAAUGAAGUGAUCUGUCAUGGAAUUCCUGACCGGAGGCCAUUGCAGGAGGGAGAUAUUGUUAAUGUGGAUAUUACUGUCUAUCGUAAUGGUUACCAUGGCGAUCUGAACGAGACGUUUUACGUUGGAGAAGUUGAUGAGGGUGCAAGGAGACUUGUCCAAACAACUUAUGAGUGCCUAAUGCAAGCCAUCGACGCAGUAAAACCUGGUGUUCGAUACAGAGAACUGGGAAACAUUAUUCAGAAACACGCUCAAGCAAAUGGAUUUUCAGUGGUUCGGAGCUACUGUGGGCAUGGAAUCCAUAAACUUUUCCAUACGGCCCCUAACGUGCCACAUUAUGCCAAAAAUAAGGCAGUUGGAGUCAUGAAGCCAGGUCAUGUAUUUACAAUUGAACCAAUGAUCUGUGAAGGUGGUUGGCAAGAUGAAACAUGGCCUGAUGGUUGGACUGCAGUAACAAGAGAUGGAAAGCGAUCUGCCCAGUUUGAACACACACUUCUGGUCACCGAUACAGGCUGUGAGAUCUUGACUCGGCGGCUGGAUAGUAUUCGUCCCCAUUUCAUGUCCCAGUGAUAAGUCUAGACUGAGCAGGUGGAUCUGAAUGAUACAUAUAUUUUUUUUUGUCUCUGUACUAUGCAUUUUUUUAAGAGUACAGAAUAGAGAGAUUUCAUCAUUUACUUUGUUCUCGGUGAUUGUAGAUAAGAGGAAUAUCUUGAAGAACCUGACCCAAUGUCUGGAAAAGCAGAGAAGAAUUUAAAGAAUUUCCUGCUUUCCUCCUACCUACAACACUCGUGCUAUACUUUUCUUUUUUUCUUCAAUUAUCUCUUUUAGCACCUUUCUUCCAAUUAGACCCACAGUUGCUUCUGUUGCUACCACGAUAUUAGCUAGAAAAGUGUGGGUAACCUCUCCCACUGGGACUUGACAUUUUGGGAUCCGGGUUUUUCUUCACCACUUCAGCGUGCCCUGUCGCUCUUGGUAUGUGAGCGGCACCUGAGAUUUUAAGCAUUUCUAGUUCCAAAGACUUGCUCCUGCUUCUGCAGAUACUGUUCUAAUGGGCUGGGCCUUGUUUGUUUCUCAGUUGAGAAGGGGGCAGCGGGGAGAAAGACAUGCAUGUUGCCAAGAAUAGGCUACCCUUACCUUUAAUUCUGUCCCCAACUCUCUGCUGGUGGCUUCUGUGGUGAUUGUGACUGUAGGAGACACUGUGUUAAUGGCAGGACUUUUCUCUUGCUGGAGAUUUGAUAGUAUGGGCUUCCUACAGGGAAAAUUAAUAAAUUCUGUCUUAUAUGCAGCUCCCUAGUAUAAGCUGCUUCUCGGCGAAGCAGUAUUAUUUGCAGGUAGUCUCCUGCUCCAAAAGCUUGGUGAAGCUGAUGUAUCAGACUUGCCUAGGUAAAGGAAUAAAACAAGAACCAAAAAGAUCCCACGAUGCAUGGGAUCCCUGCACGUGUUAACUGUGGGGUGUUUUUUAAAGGUACAUCCACAGUAGCUGUGGGGGAUUGGAUUUGCAAGACUUACAGUGAAACAAGUAUAUAUCUCAAAACAAGUCUGAGUGUGAGAAAAUGAAAUGCCUUCAAUGCGGUAUUCGUCUUCUUUUGGUAAUUUUUAAACAGGACAUUUUUCCCCCCCUAAGUUAAGUGAGUUUCUUGCUAUGAAAACUCAUCUUUUUCCUCAGACAGGGUAUAGAGUGGGCAAUGUUAGUAUAUAUACCCCUUUAUUUUCUGUCAGUGGGUUGUGAUGAGCUGGAAACUGUCAUGUUAAGGAGCGUGGAUUGAUUAAGCCUCUCUUCUCUCUACCCUCUCUUUUCCCAUGCCCACUUCCUUUCCAUCAUCUUUGGUGUCUCUGCUGAGGGAAUUUAGUUUUUUCUUCUGAAUCGUAAUGAAAAAUUUUCCAGACCCCAUUGCAGACUUAGUCUUACACCACUGUAAUGCAAGAAAUUGUUAAAAGAAUGCAGACAUUAAAUCAUACAAUCAUGGGCAUAAAAUACACCUUUUACAAGGUGUCUGGUGAAUUUGUUGCCACAUUAGACCCAAGCACAUGAGGUACUACAUACCCUUGGCUCCCCUUGGCACUGCAGAAUUUAGGUGGGGGAAAGGGGUUAGUGCUUCGUAGAACUGGACUCAUGUACUACCAAAUACCAAAUUUGCCAGAAAAUGUCUUUUCUGCCCUGAGUGCCUCAGACCUCUGUUGCUGUAAGAGUAUCAUUGUGACGUUUUCAUUACCUUUAUUAUUAUUUUUAAUUAUGCAGUAAAGUGACCUGAAAUGAUGCAUAUAGAGUGUGUGCGUGCGUGUGCGUGUAUCAAUUUUAACAAAACAGACUGUAGUACUUGAGUGGAAUUACCUGUGUUGAAUGAGAUUUAAUGUAUUGAGGAGAUGACUGUCCUGGAGGUUUGCCCACCAUAUCAUUCACUUGAAUGGUUACAACGGUCUUGCCUUUUCUAUAUGCGUGUGUAUGAUGGGGGGGAGGCUUCAUUUUUGGUCUAUAAAAUAAAAGUUGCAGCUGCUUU